UACAGUCUGUAUACAUCAAUACAACGAUCAAACUCCUCAUCGUAACUAACCUCAAAAAAUUCCAAUCACAUCGAGCUGCGCGGUUCUUCCGGUUGUUUCGACGCUGCUCGAAGCGUCACAGUUUUUCUUAUCCCCAAAAGUAAUGCUGAUCGAUAUCCCUCCUGAAAUAUCCUCGCGAUAGGGGUUGAACCCAUCAACGGUGAAAUGAAGGGACUGCACAGCGUCGGUGACGAAGUAGAUUUGAGCGCCGAAGAGCGCCGGGGGUGACAGUGAAGUUUCUAAAAUCAUCGCCGAUCGCCGACAAGAUGUAUCACUACUUAUGGUCAUUGUUAUUCUGGUAUUUCCGACCGUUGAUCAAAUGGUUUUUGCAUCGUACAACGCAGAUGUGUGAACUCCAGCGAAUCUGCUACGGCGAGCCGGCGGGUGCUCGGAGGAUUCUCGCUGUCGAGGAGAGCCUCAGGAAUUCCCGUAACCCGGACAUAAAGUCGCUGGUUCUUUACCUGGACGGCGUUAGCGACAGGCGGGAAAUAACCACCAAGUCAGAGCGGGGGAUACUCGAAGAGGCGAUCAGAACGGUGCUGGUAGCCAAGAAAAUAAACCCUGUGGCUCAUCCAGACUUUGCAAGGUCCUUCGGCAAAUGUGUCGAGCUUAUCUGGGGCUAUCGUCAGCUCUGCAUCCACGUCGAGGAGCUUCGAAGGACGGCCUACGACGCGGACAAUGCAGAGCACGAACUGAUGCUGCUGAAGCUCUGGAACCUGCUCAUGCCACACGAGCCGCUCGAGGGACGCGUCACCAAGCAGUGGCAGGAUAUCGGCUUUCAGGGCGAUGAUCCAAAGACAGAUUUUCGCGGGAUGGGAAUACUGGGACUCGAGAACCUAGUCUACUUUGCUCAGGAAUUUCCCAACGCCGCUAAGCAUGUUCUCUUGCAUUCCAUUCAUCCCAGAUAUGGAUACGCCUUUGCCAUCGUUGGAAUCAAUUUGACUAGCAUGGCGCUCAGGCUCCUCAGGGAUGGAUCGGCAAAAACGCACGUCUACAACGCUGCAAAGACCCUGCCAACCGUUAGAGUAUUUCAUCAGUUUUACUGCUAUCUUAUGUACGAGUUCGAUAGACUCUGGAUCGAGUCCAAGCCCAGCAACAUGAUGGAGUUUUCCACCAUUCAGGAAAAGUUUGAGAAUAGUAUCAGGAUUUUGUUGAACAACCCUAAGACUGUAUUCAGGGUAAACAUCUCUGUUGACAAUGUAUAACUUUUUACGAAUUUUAUCGCAUAUGGACCAAGCUUCACAUAUUUAUGCGCUUCGUACCAGGGUCUCUAAUUGUUAUUUGUGAUGUAUGGAUGCUGUUUUGUGCUAUACAUGUAGAGUUGAAAAAGCUGUGCUACACUUCGUUUGUUAUUUUGUUAGUUUGUCACUGACUUUGAAUACCUUGAGAGCGUGUCGUAAAAUUAGUCACGUUUUUGACAAUCAAGUCACAUAAUUAUGGUAAACUAAAUGUUGAAAAUUUUGUUAGAUUAUUACCAGCAUCGUAGACAGACUGCGCAAGUGCAAAACACAGCCCUGGUUUUAUUCACUGUUACCUUCUUUGGGAUACUCGCAAGCAAUGUCACAUCUUUCAAUACAAUCGCGCGUCUAUUUUGUAUUUAGAUAAUGGUAUCGCGGUGGUUUUGGGUACAUUGUACAUUCCUCAAUAGCUCAUCAAAUUCCUCUUUGGAAUACAUAUUACAGUUUUGUAUUUUUUAUGCAAAAGGGAUGAAUAUAUUUUUUUAACACAGGGUUUCAUCUGAAACCAAUUUUGGUGCUUCGAGAAUAACAGGAUGCGAGGCAGGGGGGGGGGAUCUUUUUAUCAAGCUCUGCAGUAAUUUUAAUGCAUCAAUAAGGGACAUCACGUUGCGUAUAAACGUGGUUGUGCCACCUUAUUUAUUACAAGUUGAGUGCCGAGGUUUUUUAGUACAAUAACUAGUUCAAUAAAUAAAGUAAAUUAUUAAUUGUACACUACCAUAUUACAGAUUGUUUCAACUGAAUACACUGCUGAGUUAUUGAGUAAAAAUUUAUAAACUAAAAGACAUGUGGAAAGCAUUCCAUGUGAGAAGUUUUCGACCAUACUUUUACUAAUCGAAAAGAGCAAAACUAUUUGUAUCAUUACUUUCCUGGGUAAUUGCUUGACUUGUUUGCGCUUAUCCAGAGGUAAAUCAGAUAUAUCAAUAAGAAGCUAUUUGUACAAUAAUUACGUGUUCGACAUGUGGACAAAAAAAUAGUAGAACUAUGACAGCUCACAAAUUUUCUAUUAUUGUAGUGCGUAUAGCGUAGCACUGAGUACUAAAAUGAGCGGAGGAUGUUGACUAAAAGAAAUUUAGGCUAGUAUUUAUAAAUAAAAUAUUUAUUGCAGUAGCACACGUAGAAAAAUGAUAGUUUUUGACAAUAGACACAAUGUACAAUACCUGUUUCAUAUCAUCAAAUUUUUCAAUCUAAUUCAAAGAUUCGUGGGGUAUUAAAUAAUAACCCUGUCUUAUAUAUCGAAUAGCUCGUAGUUGCGUAAUGCGAAUGAUAAUUCAACGCUGCGUUAUUCAAGUGUACAUAUAUACAUGUCCGUUUUGCAAAGUAGAGUCUCUGAGACAGUUUCACUUUCCUUUCUUUGUAGGAACUUCGGACUUGCGUCUUAGUUUCGAUGCUACGGAAACAAUAACCACAACACCCAACGUUAUACUGCCGAGCUUCAUUACCCACGGAUUUUCGCGCAAGAAAUUUGCAAUCAAAAGCGUAAAGU